UUGGGCAAAUAAGCCUUUCCCCAGAUUUUGAAAUUCUGUUAUCUCCACUCUGCAACUUUCUUCAAACAACAAGAUGGAAAUAUCUUCCAAACCUGGAGACCCACUGCGAGGCUUCCACAACGUAAUGUGCGAUGGCACGAAAGUGGUCACCGAGAUCGUCUCCGAUCACGGCUCGAUCCACCUCUGCCUCUACCUCAUAACCCAAAACAUCCGCGACUUCAAAGACAUGGUUGUUGGGUUCGAUACAGAAUGGACUUUCGUCGACGCAGGCACUGGAAAAAUCGAAGCUCGCGUCGUCCUCAUCAAGCUCUUCUCCUGCAUUGGCUGCGUCCUCAUUAGAUUGGAUCACAAGUCGGGCCCGGUUUGCCCGUCUCUCAAGAAAUUUCUCAUCAUGAAGGAUGUGAUAUUUGUCGGGAUCCAGAUCAAGGAGGAUCUGGUGAAGUUGAGGGAGAAUUUUGGGAUUGAUAUUAGGAAUGUGGUGGAGCUGACUGAGCUGGCUGCCAAUGUGCUUCGAAAGCCGCGGCUUUUCGCGUGUGGCCCUAGGGAUCUGGCAAGGGAGGUUUUGAAGGUUGGGGUUGAGCAGAGGCCGCAGGAUGUGAUAUGGACGAGCUGGGCUGAGGAGUCGCUUACGCCGGAGCAGAUUGAGUGCGCCACCAUUGAUGCUUAUCUUACUUACAAAACUGGGAAGAAGUUGUUGAGCAAAGAUUGACAAAUUGGUAGAAUCUAUUUUCAGGUGCCAUCUCUGUUUUUCUGUUGAGCCACUUAAGGCAAAUUGUUGUAGAGUACUUGUUUUUCUUUUCUUUUGUACCCAAUAAAACACUUUCAUUUUGUUGAAAAUUUGCUCAUCGUUUAUGGGAUUUCUUGUAUUGUUUUGCCCCUGUGAAAUGUCAACACAAGGUGGAUCAUGUUUCAAGCGUAGGGAGUUGGGCAUGGUUUGAUUGAAGAAUUGUAUGACAGGCAACAAGCAGAUUGGAAAAUCUCAUUGUUUGCAAUUUCAUGUGUCCAGUCCUGAUGUUGCUAGCAGCAAAAGCUUGUAUAAUUCCU